AUGGCCAAAUCUCCCCUCCAGGCGCCGUCGCGGCGAUCGGUGCGAGAUUCUGUUAUUCCGGCCUCCUCGCGCUCGGCAAACCGCACUCUCAACACGCGCAGCUGUCGUACUGAUGUGUCAGCAGCGAACUCUCUGCAUGGUCCACGCCAUAAGAGAUCCACCAAGGUAGCCUAUGUGUUCCAGAAGGCGAAGAACAAGCCGGCCGUGAGAGUCAGGAAGACGCACUCGAAACGAACUCACAAGACUAUGUCAGCUCCUGGCCGUCGCAUCCCGUCGCUACUUCGCUCAGCCGAGUUCACCGUUAUGGUGGUAUCUGAAGUGAUAGAGUCUCACAUCGAUUAUCUGCUGAUCGAACCUCCUACAUGGUCACCAAAUGUCGGUCAUAAGCAUUCUCCAAACAACGCAGACUUGUAUGCCUGGGCACCACCGACGGCACUCGACAUCCAACAGCUGUUUGGAGCUGUUGAACUUCAGAUCGAAGAGCUCAUAACUUUCGUGCCGCUUUCUUACAAAUGGGCCGGCUUCUGGCACCGUUGUGCUAAGGGUGGUUGGGAGCCAGCUGACGUUGCGAAGCUAAUAGUUGCCUCUCGACGCCUCCCCGACGAGGACAAAGCUAGCAUGGACAGGCGCGUCAAAUCCCUCAAAGGCGCUCUGGGUAAAUCGCAAAAGAUUGCCAUUGGUUGCCCUGCCACAUCUACUAGCGCUGCCGUUCCCGCUCGCCCACACUUAGUCGACAUCAACGUCAAUAACGGCGGUAUUGACUUCACCGCCUACAAUUGGCGCUACCCUGGCGAUUUGGGCAACCACACUUUCGGUUCCUUGGAGGAGGAUUGUCUACUUCUGCGACUUGCGCAUAAGGUCACACGUAUGCGACCGAGGCGCGUUGGCCUUUGUAAACGCUGA